CCCAUUAUGCGGUAGAGGCGGCCGGCCUCUUUAAGGCCCUGCCGCGCCUGCGCUUUGGGCUUUCCUGACGCGGCCCGGCCGGACCCCGGAGGAACCCAGGGACCGGCAGGCUAGGGGUCGCGUAGUGCCUGUGACAGCAGCGGCGCCCAGAGGGGUGGGUGAGGGUCCGACACCAGCGUGGCGCUCUAGAGAGGGCGAGGAGGGCAGCCCGCGGAGCCGAGAGCGGGGUCGAGGCGCUGAGACGCGGCGGCGCGGCUGCGGGCUGGAUGGGAAGUUAAUGUUUACCGCGGAGUCCACCCAACGUUUCCAAGGCAUAAAAAGGAUUGAAGUUCUGAUAGCAUGCUACAUCAUGGAUGAACCUCGAAAACAUGCUGAAUGAAAUGUCAGAUACAAAAGGACAGAUAUUGUGGCGACAGACAAGGUUGCAGAAAAGCUGAGUUCUACUCUCUCAUGGGUGAAGAACACAGUAUCAUACACUGUCAGUCAGAUGGCAAGUCAGGUGGCAAGUCCAUCUGCUUCAUUACACACUACAUCCUCAUCUACCACACUGUCAACGCCAGCCCUUUCACCCUCUUCCCCGUCACAGUUGAGUCCAGAUGACUUAGAACUCCUGGCUAAACUGGAGGAACAAAAUAGAUUGUUAGAGACGGAUAGUAAGUCUUUAAAAUCUGUAAAUGGGUCAAGAAGAAACAGUGGAUCCUCUCUUGUAUCAAGUUCAUCAGCCUCCAGCAACCUCAGCCACCUUGAAGAAGAUUCUUGGAUACUUUGGGGAAGAAUUGUUAACGAAUGGGAAGAUGUACGCAAAAAGAAGGAAAAGCAAGUUAAGGAACUUGUUCGUAAAGGGAUACCCCACCAUUUUAGAGCAAUAGUUUGGCAACUUUUAUGCAGUGCACAAAGCAUGCCAAUUAAGGAUCAGUAUUCAGAGCUCCUGAAAAUGACUUCGCCUUGUGAAAAACUGAUCCGAAGGGACAUUGCUAGAACUUACCCUGAACAUAAUUUUUUUAAGGAAAAAGAUAGCCUUGGACAGGAGGUUUUAUUUAAUGUAAUGAAGGCAUAUUCUUUAGUGGAUCGUGAGGUUGGUUACUGUCAAGGAAGUGCUUUUAUAGUUGGAUUGUUGCUUAUGCAGAUGCCAGAAGAAGAAGCGUUCUGUGUAUUUGUUAAAUUAAUGCAAGAUUAUAGACUUCGUGAACUUUUUAAACCAAGUAUGGCAGAAUUGGGCCUUUGUAUGUACCAGUUUGAAUGCAUGAUACAGGAACAUCUUCCAGAGCUCUUUAUACAUUUUCAGUCUCAGAGUUUUCACACCUCAAUGUAUGCAUCAUCCUGGUUUCUGACUAUCUUUCUUACAACUUUUCCACUACCAAUUGCAACAAGGAUAUUUGAUAUCUUUAUGUCUGAGGGUUUAGAAAUAGUGUUUCGAGUGGGAUUAGCACUUCUUCAAAUGAAUCAGGCAGAACUGAUGCAACUGGACAUGGAAGGGAUGUUGCAGCACUUUCAGAAGGUCAUCCCACAUCAGUUUGAUGGAGGUCCAGACAAAUUAAUCCAGGCAGCUUACCAAGUCAAGUAUAACUCAAAAAAAAUGAAAAAGCUUGAAAAGGAAUACACUACCAUAAAAACUAAAGAAAUGGAAGAGCAAGUUGAAAUUAAAAGGUUACGCACAGAAAAUAGACUUUUAAAACAGCGCAUUGAAACACUAGAAAAAGAAAGUGCUUCCUUGGCAGAUAGAUUGAUACAGGGACAAGUGACAAGAGCCCAGGAGGCUGAGGAAAACUACCUCAUAAAACGGGAACUGGCCACCAUCAAACAGCAGAGUGAUGAGGCCAGUGCUAAACUGGAGCAGGCUGAGAAUACCAUCAGGAAGCUCCAGCACCAACAGCAAUGGCAUAAAUGCAGUUCCAACUACAAUGAAGAUUUUGUGCUACAGCUAGAGAAAGAAUUGGUUCAAGCCCGUCUGAACGAAGCCGAGUCUCAGUGUGCGCUGAAGGAGAUGCAGGAUAAAGUCCUGGAUUUAGAGAAGAGAAACAACUCCUUUCCUGAUGAGAAUAACAUUGCAAGGCUUCAGGAAGAGCUCAUUGCUGUGAAACUGAGAGAAGCAGAAGCUAUUAUGGGUUUGAAAGAACUUAGACAACAAGUCAGAGAUUUAGAGGAGCACUGGCAGCGCCACUUAGCUCGUACUACUGGAAGAUGGAAAGAUCCACCUAAGAAAAAUGCUGUGAAUGAGUUACAAGAUGAACUGAUGACCAUUCGACUUAGAGAAGCAGAAACACAGGCAGAAAUAAGAGAAAUAAAACAAAGGAUGAUGGAAAUGGAAACACAGAACCAGAUCAACAGUAACCAUCUUCGAAGAGCAGAACAAGAAGUGAUCAGUCUACGCGAGAAGGUGCAGUAUCUUUCUGUGCAGAACAAAGGUCUGCUUACUCAAUUAAGUGAAGCAAAGCGCAAACAAGCAGAGAUUGAAUGCAAGAACAAGGAAGAAGUGAUGGCUGUGAGACUCCGAGAAGCAGACAGCAUAGCUGCUGUGGCUGAACUACAGCAGCACAUUGCUGAACUUGAAAUCCAGAAAGAAGAAGGAAAGCUUCAAGGACAGCUUAACAAGUCUGAUUCUAACCAGUAUAUUAGGGAACUGAAAGAUCAGAUAGCAGAGCUGAAUCAUGAGCAGUCCACAUCAGCUCAGGUGCCUAAAGGCCAGAGGGGCUUCUCAGGCAACCCCCCUUUGAUGGAAUCCACAUUGUCAACCAUUUGAUAGGAGAUGACGAAUCAUUCCAUUCCUCCGAUGAAGAUUUUAUAGAUAACUCCUUACGGGAAAGCGGCAUUGGUUUUCCUUUGCACAGAAAAUCUGGCCCCAUGUCUUUGGACCCUGCCGUGGCAAGUGGUAGUGAAAGCGAAACAGAGGACAGUGUGAUGGAGACCAGAGAGAGCGAUCAAGUGGCUCAAAAGGACCGGCCCCCAAGGAAAAGAGAGUCGUACUCAACCACUGUCUGACCAUCACUGUGAACUAGACUGUGGAUUUUUUAAAAGGGAUCAGUUAUAUAAUUAAGGGUUUGGGGGACAUACCUGUUUCAUAUGUACAUAUAUAUAUUUUUUGAUCUUACCUGCCUUUUUAUCUUUGCCAAACCUUCACCACUGACUUAACCAUUGCCAUAAAGUAGACUGGAAUAUGGUUAACAUGAAAAAUAAGGUUCUAACAGUAUUACUGAAUAUUAAAUGUUUCUUGUGUAGGAAAUGCAAUUAUAUCUAUAUGUGGGAACCAUUUUGAAGUUCGAAACUAUGGAAAAUUUAAUUUUCUUCAGACAACACUGCUAUUGUGCAAUAUUUCAUGCUCAAUCAACAAACUAGAUAUUUAUGUCUAUCAGUUUUCAGGGCAUCUGUCCACAAACAUUUGACCAAGACGUACAUCUGAUUUAUCUUGUCCUUCUGUGUUUGAGGGAUUUUUUUCAUUGAAGUUACUACUUUAUUAGUGGGCCAUUGAAAGUUCCCAAACAGUGUUUUUUCCAUAUAAUUUUAUAAAUACAAAUUCACAGUUACCUUUCUUGAGAGUUUUGUUUUGUUUGAAUUAAUUUUUAUGUACAUAUGAUACUUCCAUAUAUUGCUUACUAGUCAGAGCAAUAAGUUAACUACAAAUAUAUUGUCUUUUGUACAUAAUUUAUAAAUAAGCAUCACCCAAUAUCGAACAUCAUUUUAUAUGGAGAUUGUACCUGUUGCAAAAUGACUGCCUUCAGCAUUCUAAUAGGACUUCUGUAAAUAAAAAGUUAAAAGGAAAUUGAAAAUAAAACCAAACACUAAUAUUUUAAUAGCUUUAGUAAUUUGCUUAGCAUUCAACACUAGCAAAUUCAUAACUGAUGCUUGUUCAAAAAUACUAUUGGUGAGACUUUUUACUUCAUGUGUAUGUAACUAAUAAAUUGUCCAUGAUUCAAAGGUUAUAGCACACAUUACUUAGUGCUACUAUUCUACUUAAUAUAAAUUAAGCAAUGGACUUAAGUCCAAGAUACACAACAAUAAUAUUUGCAAAUAAUCUAUGAGCAUUAUCUUCAGAUUCUCUGAUACUAGUCUAUAAAGCCACAAUAAUUUUUCCUACUGAUUCUUCCUUUUUUAUCAUCUAGACUAUUUUUCUUGGAAAUCGAAUAGCUGUCAUGGUAAGUUGGAGGAAACACCCAAAUUGCACUUGCACUGUGGAAAAACAGCAAAAAAUAUGUUGACUGGAUGCUUUCCACUUUUUUUCAUUAGCAGCCUUCAAGGAUAAGAGGUGAAGGUAGAGUUCAGCAUAUAUGGAGAUACAAUUUUGCACAAUAUUUUGCAUGUAGGAAAAAAUAUAACAGAACGGAGUAGAAGAGACAAAAAUAAUUUCUGUCUAUAACCAGGAACCCUGGCUGGUAUAGCUCAGUCAGUUGGAGUGUCAUCCCGUAACCAAAGAGUUACAGGUGGCAAUUCCUAGUCAGGGACAUGUACAUAGGGUGCGGGUUUGAUUCCUGGUCCAGAUGUGGGCAUGUGUGACCUCUGGGUCUGGACACAUAUGAUCCCGGGAUCCCAAGGAUUCUGUUCCAGGCACAUAUGAGAGACAACCAAUCAAUGCUUCUCUCUCUUCCCUCCUCUCUCUCUAAAGGCAAUGAAAAAUAUUCCUUGGGUGAGGACAAAAAAUUUUUUUUAAUGUAUAAAAAAAUAAAACCAAGAUGCCUUAGCAUCUCCACGGACAAGGCUUUCCAGCAAACCCUUUGUAGCUGUUUGAGAAGCAAGGUCGAAACGUGCCUGCUGUGUCCGUAGCACUAGGCGUAGUGGUUAAGUAAUUUACCUGUGGUCACAUGUUACUAAGUAGCAGAGCCAAGAUUUUAGUUCAGAUCUUUCUGACACCAAAACAUUUGACAAAGUUCAGCUAACGAAUUUCUCAGUGCCCUUCCUUUCUGACAAUUAAUGUGAUUUUAAUUAAGUUUAAUCACAUCUCACAGCUUAUGAGUGUAGAUACUCUCCCAGAAUUGGCUGGUGCUUCGGGGGUUCGUACUGUCAGCCUGGGAGGCUACUGAUGCCCAAGUGAAACGAGAUGAUUUGUGGUCAUGUGACCACUCUGACCCCACAUCGAGAAAUCUGGGUGAUCUAGACCAGAGGUCAGCAGCUACACACGUGAGCCAGUCUAGCCAGAUGCUAUCUUUGCGUGACCUACAAGUGAAGCAUGUUUUUUUACAUUUUCAAAUAGUUGAGAGAAAAAAAUAUUUUGUCACAUGAAAAUCCAUAAAAUUCAAAUUUCAGUAUUGAUAAAGUUUUAUUGGAUCCCCAUGCUUAUCAUUAUGUUGUCUGUGGCUGCUUUGUGUCACAGUGGCGGAGUUGAGCAGCCUACAAUACCUGCUGUCUGGUUCUUGAGAGGAAAAGUUUGCUGACCCUUGAUUUAGAUAUUCCAAAAUGGAAGCUUACUUCUUCAGUUUGUCUCAGUGGACGAUCAAACCAUUUGUUUUUUCUGUUGAGCUAAUAGUUUGGAAACUUAAAUUCCUGGUUGGAUCUUGUGCUCAGAACUAUUCAAAUGGAAAGUGUGCAGCUAUUUAUAUCAUGAAGUUUUUGACACCAGACACAGAUUUGGAAGGAGAUCUGUACCUUGAAAGGGAAAAAGAAAGAAUUCCAGAAUCUCGGCACUGUUCUUUAAGUGUAUAUGAUUGAUCUUAGGCAUGCUUCAUUGAGUCAGUGUUUAUAAUUUGACUUUAAAAGAAAGAAUAUCUUUCUAUAGCCAUGUUUUAAUUCUAAAUUUUGAAAGAUUCUUAGAGAAUUUCAUAAGUACUGUUUAAUUAGGUAUUUAAAAGAAUUAUGGUAACUAAACAUUAAUCCAUUGAUACUCUUGUAAUUUGGACAAUGAAAAACAAGGAACAUUAUCUCAUUCAAUAUCUUUGAUUCAAAUACUCAGAAGAGUUAAAGUCCUCCGACCUUUGGGAUACAGUAGGAUUGUUGUGCUCUGAUUGUAUCCAUUUUAUUCAAAUUAAGACUUGGAGACAUUGGGACCUGUAUUCUUGAUAGAUUUUAAUUAGUCUGUGGUAUGUUGUGUCAUUUAAAUGUUAUUUAGUUAAACAGAGUUGAAUAUUGGAACAGAGAGGGGAAGUGAAUGAAAUUUUUAAAUUCCAAAUAAAAAACUUACUCCCUUGGGUUAGUCACCUGCCUGGUGCCAUUGCCAUUGUCAUGUGGGCUGAAAGGCCUGGAGUACAGUCUUACAAUGACCCGAAUAAAAUGAAUGCACUGAGAUGAUGAAAAAGGCCUUUUAGAGCAAGAAAUACUUCAACAGCCUUUUUAAAAAUUAGUGGUAAAAUUUUUUAUCCUGGACAAAGAAGUCAAAAGAUGUAACUUUACACGAUUUCUACCCUUUUUAUUGAUAAAUAUUAGACUACUCAAUAUUUGCGGACUAUUGAAAUAUCAAAUCUCAACUAAAUGACUGGCUAUUUUGGAAGGGAAAAAGCCACCUUUUUCUUGACUCAUGAUGUAUCUCAUUACUGUCCAGAUCGUGCCUUUGAUUAACAACAAGGUCUAGAGCAGGGGUGUCCCACUGCAGCCCACGGGCCACAUGCAACCCAGGAUGGCUAUGAAUGCAGCCCAACACAAAAUCAUAAAUUUAUUUAAGAAUUAUGGGAUUUUUUGUGGUGACUAAGUGUCAUGGUGUAAUUAAUGUGUGGCCCAAGACAAACUCUUCUCCCUCUAGUGGGGCCCAGAGACGCCAAAGGUUGGACACCCUGGGUCUAGAGUUUUUUAAGUAUUUUAUUUUUGACAUUAGAAAUUAUUUUGGUUCUUAUUCUCCUUUUUUACAUAAUGCACCGAUCAUUUCUGGACUUAAAUAAGAACGUGGAUGAAUUGUGUUUUGUUUUAAAGCUCUGCUGUGGCCCGCUUGAUUGUUGCAAGACUGGGUGUUGGCAGCUAGCAGUUUUAGAAAUCAGUGAUUUACUUUGUUAAAACAAUGAGCUUUAGCAAGAAAGUUAUUGCUGCUCUUCAUUGGCAAAACAGUGAGUUUUUAAUUAAUUAAUUUUAAUUUAUCUUCUACUAAAAUUAAAAUUUCUGGUUAAAAGUGGAGUGGAGACUAUGGUCCAGGUUUUUACAUCACAUCAUCGAUCUACCUAUCCCCCCUCUUCUCUCCAAAGAAUAGAUGAUAGAGUAAUAUAUUAGGUAUCUAAUAAGAUGCAAAAUUAUGAUGUAUUUCAUUUUACUGUUGGAAUUUCUUAUUAUUGUAUGAUAACCUAAAAUAUUUACUUGUGCCUUUGCUUUAAACAAUUAAAGUUUUUCAUUU